AAUACACAGGGAUUAAUAUUUUAAGUCGAAAUCGACUGCUAAUAAAGCCCAAUAAUAUAGCUUUGCAAUAACAGUUCGCAUUGUUAGUGCACUGAGAGAAGACAUGAAGCUCUUCUUCGCACUUCUGCUGGCCAUAGCUGGCUCAGCACUGGCUGAAAAGGUCAGCUACAAAAACUACAAAGUCUACAAAAUCACCCCAAAAAAUGACCAAGCCCUGCAAGCCUUGAGGAAUCUGGAUGAAGCAGUGACCGAAUUUUCGCGGUUCCAAUUUUGGGAAAGUCCCUCGAAACUAGGCCGUAACGCCACCCUGAUGGUGGCUCCUGAGAUGCAAGAAUCCAUGGAAAAUAUGUUUGAGGACCUGGAUAUUCACAGUCAAGUCAUGAUUGAGAACGUUCAAGACGCGAUUAAUCGGGAAAGUCCACGGAAUGCCAGGAACAUUGCUCGCAUUCCAGUUGAUUGGACUGAUUACAACACUCUUGAUGAGAUCAACGAGUGGUUGGAAAGUUUGGCUGUUGAGUUUCCAGACGUUAUUACCAUUCUUAAACCGGGCAAAUCUCAUUUAGGGCGAGACAUUGUUGGUGUAAAAUUCGACUUGACUCCUAAUGUCGAAAAAGAAGUUGUUUUCAUGGAAUCGAACAUCCAUGCCAGAGAAUGGAUCACAUCAGCUGUAAACAACUAUAUUUUAAAUGACCUUUUGAGAAAUGAAACCAAUCGAUGGUUGGCGGCUAAUUACACUUGGUACUUUUUCCCAGUGAUGAAUCCUGAUGGAUUUGCCUACUCACAUGAAGUGAAUCGUAUGUGGAGAAAAACCCGAACCCGUUACAACAUCUUCUGCUAUGGUGCAGAUCCCAACCGCAAUUGGGCUUACCAGUGGAUGAAUGGAGGUUCGUCUCAGAAUCCUUGUUCGGAAAUUUAUGCCGGACCUCGGGCGUUUUCUGAACCAUCCGUCGACGUGAUGAAGGACUUUAUCGCAAGUGUUGCUGAGAACAUGGUGGCUUAUAUAGAUUUUCAUUCGUUUUCCCAAAUGCUGUUGUUGCCUUUUGGACAUACGACGGAUCCAUUGAUGAAUUACGAUGAGAUGAUGGAAAUUGCUGAAGUCGCUUUGGAGGAGUUGAGGCAAGUGCAUGGAACUGAAUAUGUUUGGGGAAACAUCGCAGAGACCAUAUAUAUCGCAUCUGGAAGCAGCAUGGAUUGGGUAAAAGGGGAGUUUGAAGUUCCUAUAGCUUAUACGUAUGAGUUACGCGAUCGCGGGUUACACGGAUUCAUCCUUCCGGCCGAUCAAAUUCUACCAACAGCCGAGGAAACUUUGGUAUCAUUGCUGUCUAUUUUCCGGCAAUACCGAGAGCGUCACCCUGAUGGUCUAAAGCUUAAAAAUAAAGUUUCAGGAGUUUAGAAAAUUACACUUAAUUUGGCUCGAUGUAUUAUAUAAACAAUGUGUUAAUUGUUUAUAUAAUAUUAAAUAUAUAAUUAAUAACAGA